UUACCGGUCCUCCUGAAUCUUCCGACGUCCUUGGUCUGGGGAAGACUCCGACCACACCACCUGAUGUGGUCCCGCAUCCGAAUCUCGGGUAUCCUAACAAGAGACUCUACGCUGCUAUUCCCGGUGGAACUGCCUGUACCGCUGGAACCGUCACCUUGAGCAUCAAGUGAGCUCUAAACCUCGCCAUGGUUUGUCUGACUGACCGUCACAGGGUCUGUAUCUGUCUCCACUUGGGAGUCCUCACUCAAGCAUCAAAAGACAACAUUGUCGCCGCCGUUGAAGCAUCAGCCAAUGCCCAAGUGGUCGGACAAUUGACCACAGCCGUGGGAGCCUACGCCGCACCAUUUGCGAGCCAGAACGCCAUCGUCGCCUUGUUGGAGCAGCAGGCACUUGCAAACGUUGGCGGUAUGAAGAGCAACUGCAACUACCCAACUGGCUCCACGCCCGACUCCUGUACUGAUUGUCAUUCGAGCUGCCCCGAUGGUCAAUACGUCUGCGGAAACGCCUGCAUCUCCGACAACGAUGGUUGUAGCUCUGGCCAAGCCGUGCCCCCGAAGAAGCGAGAUUUCCUUUCGGUGAUCACAACACCCAGAUGCCCAUCUAUGCUGACAGCUUGCGCGGUACCCGCUAGUUCGUUCUUCACAGGACGCAACUUUGAAUGUCUCGACGUCAUGUCAGACAUUGAGUCCUGUGGAGCUUGCACUUUCCCAUUACCUGGCGAAAAGUCAGGCAUCGACUGUACGAGCAUCCCGCAUACCCUCGGCGUCAAAUGCCACCUCGGUAAAUGCGUCAUCGAUUCAUGUCAACAAGGCUUUGAACUCUCCACCGAUGGCGCAAAGUGCGUUCCUGGUAACAAGAGAAUCUUGAAGGAGAAGAGAAGGACAGCCAAGAACGCCAUCAAGUCGAGGCAGGUCAAAACUGCGGACUUGAGAGGUAGAAGAUGAGGGUUGGAGCAGGCAGGGCAGGGCAGGCAGGGCUCCAAGGAUAGGACAUUGGGCCAUUUCUGAGCUCUCUUAUUAGUUGUCGUGAAAGACUGGUUUUGUGCUCGCUUGUUACCCGGCAUUUUCUAUCGUCAGCACCUUUUACGACCUUUCCCAUGAUG